AUUGCUUAUUGCUAGCUAUAUGGUGAUCGACAACUUCAAAUUUUGAGUCUCUCACUCCCUCAGUUAAAGCUCACAUCACAUUAGAUUACUAUUUGAAACCUUCAAGCUAGCGAGUCUCAUAUAUCUGUUCUUUGUCUCUUUACUCUUUGUUUUCAAGGAUUCCUUCUAACGAGCAAAAUGUCGGCUAACUGUGAGAAAAUGGUAGCCAUCCCUCCAACGACCAACCAAUGGCCACAGGUGGAUGAUCACAAGGUCUUGAUGGGUUCCAACGGUGGAAGUAGUAACAACAACAAUAAUAAGGUAUUGGAAAAACCAGGUCAAGAUCAGCUUGUGCAGCAGCAGCAACAACAACAAGAAGCCCCCAAGUGCCCUCGUUGUGACUCAUCAAACACCAAGUUCUGCUACUACAACAACUACAGUUUGUCUCAGCCACGGCACUUCUGCAAAGCCUGCAAGCGCUAUUGGACAAGAGGUGGAACUCUCAGAAACGUUCCUGUUGGUGGAGGCUGCAGAAGAAACAAGCGUGUCAAGCGUCCAUUAAUAACGACAAACCCUUCUUCUGCUGCCAUUGACACUGCUGCUUCUAAUAAUUCUUCUAACUCUUCUUCUGCUCCACUACAACCCCCGAUCGACACUGCUUCAACCUCAAAUCACAUCAACCCUUUGUUUUAUGGCUUACCAAGUAGCUCUAGCGAUGUGAAUCUUCCAUUGUUCUCUAGGUUCGGUUCUAGAAUCUCCAGCUCCGGGUUUGAUCUUCAGCUGAAUAAUGCCCUUGGAUUAGGUUUUUCAUCCGGGGUUUUGUCCAAUGAAGCUAGUGAUAAUAACGGUUACAGAAACUGGUUUGGUUCAAACAAUACGCUUCUUUCAAGUUAUACAUCCACCACUAGUACUACUACUCCAGCUAUGUCUUCUCUUUUGAGCUCUUCUUUGCUUCAACAGAAGUUCAUGACAGAUGGUGUUGAUAGCACCAACACUUUCCAGCAUGGCUUAGGCUUAACCCCACUAGAGCAGUUGCAAAUGGCAAGUGAUCAUAGCAGUGAGGCAGGGAUGGUGGCCUUAAAAGACGUGAAAGUAGAAUUAGGACAAAACAACAGGUUGGAGUGGAAUAAUGGUGCUGCUUGCCAAAGCCAGAUCCAGCAUGUGGGCUUGUACGAUCCUUCUCUUUAUUGGAAUAAUUCAGCGGCAACAGCUUUGGGUGUUUGGAACGAUCAAGCUGCUAAUAUUGGUUCAUCAGUCACUUCUCUGAUCUAGAAAAAUACAAAUCCAAUCGAAUCAAGAAGUAUGGUUUUCAAGUUUGUCUCCCCCUUCUGUCUCGUUGCUGCUACUUUCUUCUUUUUCUUUUUGUUCUUCUUUCUUUUGGGCCAAAAUGGGUUUUUGGUUUACUUAAUUAAUUACAUCAAAAUUUAAUGAAAAGAGAGGAAAAGUGAUACUUGUAAGAAAAUGGGAAAGCUAAAGCCUAAAGGUGAGAGGAGUUUGGAUCGGAGUGAUCAUGUCAGCUGCAUCCUGCAAAUAUAUAUAAAUUUCUCUUCAGCCCUGUUGGUUUUAUGUGUCAAGGUCGUUGGGAAAAGAAUUGCAUAUAUUGCUCUGAGAGGAACCUCGGAUCCUCUUCUCUCAUCGUCUCACAGUUGCUGCGCAGUAGUGUUCUCUAUGGAAAUGCUUUGUGUUGAAUUGAAGUUCUCCAUAGUUAAGUAAGUUGGUCUUUCAUUUUGUUAUGUACAUAUGCGAUGACAUUUCCUUUUCUUUUUUCUUGUCUUGUAAUGUACUACUAUCUGUGAUUAGCUAGGUGAGGUAGAGGAUUUACUGGGUAUGAUGCUGUCCUUAAAGAAAGGAACUAAUAUUGGUUUCAUUUUUGUUAACUUUGUGAUGAUUUUUGUUUUGGAUAGGGUGAGAAUGGGAAUAUAUUGGGCAUAUCUGGUAUAAUGGUAUAGAAGAGAGGGGGAUUAUUUACUUGGCUUUAGGUGAUUAAUGAUUUAAUGUAUGUCGGUGGUUUGGUGCUUAUAUGUGUUCAACCUUGUUCUAUCUAUUGGUUCUGAGAAACUAACUUUGGUCCAUGCA